AUGACUCGUGGAAGCGGACGUGGUCGAGGCAGAGGCCAAAAUAUUAAUGCGAAACGUGAAACUGCUAUGAAUAAUCUCGUGAACUUUGCGAAUACUUUGGAAAAUAUGGCGGCUGCUAUGCAGGCAAUGGCUGAGACUAUUGGUCAACAAGUUAAUAAUGGAGACAGGAGUAAUGGCGAAAAUAGGCUGAUGACCUUAGCAAUUUUUCUGAAGAUAAACUUACCAACUUUUAGAGGAACCACGAAUCCCACAGAGGCUGAUAAUUGGUUUCAGGCAACGGAAUGGGCUUUGCAAGUGCAACAAGUUCCUGAAGAUCAGUGUGUUGAGUUUGCUACUUAUCAGCUGAUGGGUGAAGCUCUGUAUUGGUGGCAAGAGACCCGACACCUUCUGCAGCAAGAUAAUGUUGCAAUCCCUUGGGAUGUAUUCCAAUCCGAGUUUUAUAAGAAGUAUUUUCCAAACUCAGUAAGGACGGCGAAAGAGCUUGAGUUAUUACAGCUGAAGCAGGGUCCUAUGUCAGUGGCAGAGUAUACCAGUCGGUUUGAGAAACUAUGUGGUAUGCGGAGUGACAUUCUGAGUAUAGUGGGGCCAAUGGAGAUAAGAGUUUUCUCUGAACUGGUAAAUAAGAGUCGAGUUAAUAAGGAUUGUGCGAGAAAGGCAGCAUUGGAUAAGGGUGAUCAUCGAGCUUUUGUUAGGAGAGAUCUGGGGAGGAACUUUGCACCUAGAGGACAGAAUUUCAAGCGAGGCAAUUAUGUCCCACUACAACUGGGUCAGAAUAACUUCCGGAGAUUCAAUAAUAACAACAACCAGGGAAGAGGCAAAGGAAAGCAGAUUAGAAUCCUCCCAAUAACUUGA